AUGGAUUCUCAAGAGCAAGUGUUCGACAACGUGAAAUUUGAGAAGGCGAAGAUGAUGGCCAGGUAUAACCGUUUCCGGAGGACUAUGAAACUUUUUCAGUUUCUGGAAGUUUUGGUGGCGCUCCUGUUGAUUUCCUGGUCCUCCACCCGUCUUCCCGGAGCGCUGAAAAUCUCCGGGAGGAUUUUGUUCGAAGUUGCAAACUAUCUGUUUAAUCCGCAUGUCGUUUUUCUCAUCGGCAACGUCAUCAUCGUCGCGCUCUGUUUCCUCUGUCGAGGAACCGGCGCCGGUAGCGAGAACUCCUGCGACGAUGAUCUCUACGACGAAUAUGCCCGUCACAGCCAGGCUCAUGCUCAACAGCAAAAAGUUGCAGGCUCGGGAGGCGUUAAAAUUCCUCCGCCAGAAAUUCCUGCUACGCCGGAGACUAGGGACGUGAUUGCAGGCGCAGGAGGCGGCGAUGGAGGUGAAGCGGAGGAGAAGCAGAUCAUAUUGUGGACGGAGGAGAAGGCGGAGCAAUGCGACGCUGUGACGACUGCGAUAGAGACGGCUGCAAAACGGAUUGAGAAGUUUCAGAGGAUGCAGUCGGAGAAGCUGAAGAGAGAGAUCGCGGUGGAGCCGCAGGGAGAGCUCCGACGAUCGGAGACGGUUCAGGUCGGUCGAGGAAGGACCGAAAGGCCAAAGGCGACGUCAUUUGACACGGUGGACAAUAUGAGCGACGAAGAUUUCAAUCGGAUGAUUGACGGUAUUAUUAAGCAGCGGCAGAAGUUUCUUAUGGAACAGAAAUUAGCUGAAAACGGAGAGCGAAGAAAGACGUUAGGAAAAGUUACAGAUGUGCAAGUGUGA